AUGUCAACUGAUAAUCACUCCCCAUCUCCUGAUACACUAAAAGAUGGAAUCAUCAAAUCAAUAACGUUACCCAUUUCAAGAGAUGAAGAUACCAAUGAACUAGUGUAUGAUAUUGUCCCAGAUGCUUUCAUCCUAUCUUGUGGUUGUAUCCUAUCUAAAAACUUUGCCCUUCAACUAUCUUCAAAUUCAAAAUUGAGCUGCCCAAUCUGUUAUUCAUCAUCAUCAUUAGGUUAUGAUUUAAAACCUUUACAAAAUUUAUAUUAUGUAUUAUACCCAAAUGAAUUUGAAAAUAAUCAAAAAAAGGAAUCAUUAUUAUCUUUAUUCUAUUCUGUUGCUAAUUCUAUAAAUGACAAAACAAAAACAUCACCAUCUAAAAAAUCAACAACAUUAGUUAAACAUCUCAAUACCAAACCUACCACAACAAGCACAACACCUUCAUCAACUUCAUCAUCUAUUAAUGAAACAAUACCCAUAACUACAAGUUUGAAGCAAUUCCCUACAAACUCAACAAAUUCAAUUACGAAUUCCUCAUCAAUAAUACCUUCAUUACCACCACCACAAGAGCAAUCCAUUAUAUCAUCAUCACCUUCAUCAUCUACAAUCCCACAUCCCAAAACCGAAUCACCACAAGAACAAAAAGUUUACUUGUUUGUUAAAUGCUUCCCAACUUAUAGACGUCAUUUCCAAUACAACACCCAUUCAAAAUUCCUCAAGACGAAAUCUAAAAAUUUUAUAAAUACUUCAAUAUCACCAUCAUCAAAAUUUUUCGUAUUAUUAAGUGUUAAGAAAUAUGAAGUUUAUUCAAUAUCAUCAGAUUCUAAAACCGCUCCAAUUUUACACUGUUGUGGGAAAUCAAAUGGUGAAUUUGGGUUAAAUUUUGAAAAUUUACAAAAAAUUUCAAAUGAAGAAUUGAUUAUUGGUGGGAAUAACAAUAAUGUUGCAAAUAAUGAAGUAAUAAAGAAAAAAUUAAACGAUUGGGAACAUUUAUACUGUUCAAUAAGUGAUGAAUAUUUAGUCAUAUCAGGCACAAAUGGAAUUUUCAAAAUUAUUGACCUGAUUAACCAACCUGGGAAACCAAUCUAUCUCUACAUUUCAAACUUCCCCAUCAGAUGUAUUGAAAUCUCCCCCAAUUCUCAAUUGAUUGCAUAUGGUAUCACAGGGAAAGAUCGAAUCCUGGGAACAGAACAAGCAUUAGUGGUCUUACACAAAUUAAACAACCAAGAAGGUGGUACUAAUAACUCCAUUUUCACAAAUGAUCCAAUCACUAUAACAUUCCCGUAUAGAGACCCCAUCAACAACUUAUCCUUCUCCUCAGACUCAAACUAUUUAUCAUGUUCCACAGCAUUAGAAUCAAGAUUCCUAACAAUCUGGGUCAAGAAUUAUACAGAACCUAAACUAGUUAUGAAAUCUAUAAGAUCACUAGACACAUCAUUGGAGAGUGAAGGUAUAACAGACAUUCAAAUGUUUCCUAAUAAUCAAUACAUGAUCAUAACUUCAGCUUCGUUCAAUGCCGCACCAAUCAUUAUUGAUAAUAACAUCUCAUCAAUAAAUGGAUUACAAACGGUGGCACAACCGAAAAUGCUGCUCAAGUUGGAUGAGAUUGGUUCAUCGAUCCACAAGAGUGCUAUAUCUCCAAGGAACGACACCGUUGCGGUGUUGGAUAAGAAUGGGUCGGUGUAUUUGAUAUUUGCCACGAGGAUGGAUCAGGAAUCUAAAAGAAUAUUCAUAGUGGACCAGGUUAGUAAUGCGUUUAGGAAAAGAGAGAGUGCAAGUUUGAAGUUUUCUAAAGAUGGGCACAAGUUGUAUAUAUUGGAUAGGAAGGGGAUUUUUUAUAUUAAUGAUUUUGCAGCUGGUUUGCCACAGAAUCCUGAGAUAACUAGGUGUAAACCUCUAUUAUGGGGGGAUUGA